AGUCUCAGCCAAGAGGGGACUCCUUGUGGGCACAGGGCCAUAAAAAGAGCAGUUGUAUCAAAACUACAACUUUAAGUUUGUGUUAACCGUUAUUUUUAGUCUAUAUUUAAAAAUAAGAUUUUAUGCUAAACGAUGUCUUAUAACAACUUAUAAAAAAGACAAAUGCAGAAUAAUUUAUAGUAUGCUUCCAUCAGGGUUUAGGUUACGAUUAAUCCGUUCACAUAAUCGGGGCAGUGGUAAAACUUGUAAAAAGUAGCCUACACCAUAACGCUGGUAUUUCAAAACAAAAGGAUUUCAUUGGAAAAGGAGAGGUGAGUGUAGUCUAACUUCCUGUUUACGCAAGAGAGUAUUUCAUUGCAAGAAAAAUACAAUGGGCCGCAUUGAACGCGUCUUGUAGCCAACUUAAACGCAUUAAGUUGUUUUUUACGUUCAACUUGAAUUGAAAUUAGUUGUGUAAAGUGUUGUACAUUGAGAGUUUAAACCAGGAAGACAUUAACAUGACAGCUCUUAUGGGCGGAGCACAGAUCUGUCAACAUACCGCUGCGCCAGUAGCUUUGAACGAGGCUUGAGCGUCCCUUGAAAGCAGCAGAUGCUCUGUCCAGUCUGUCUAAGUCCUCUAAGAAGAUAGUAGUCCAAUUAGCCGAGUGGAGGCGGACAUCCACCCAUACAUGCCAAAUUUCACGCUUUUUCGCCUAAACAUGGAUAUGGACACUGCUCUUACGUGUGACUUGCAGCAGCCCGCCAUCGGCAAACAAGUUAAACGUUACGUCCCAAGAAACGCUGUUCUGAGAUGCCGAGAUAUUUCUGAGCGCUUGUAAGUUGCGGUCGGACUCUCACACAACAGUACCUAAAGCCUCUAGUCUAUAAGCUCCUAGAAGAAGACGACAACUAGGCCUUGAAGCGAAGUUUGAUUUGACAGUAUCUGUUGAGGACCAUGGAAAGCUACACUGAUGUGCUUCUUGUCACCGCCAAUGUCGGCUCACUCUUUGACAACGUGGGCGAGAUUCAAAGUCAGUGGUUAAAGGAGCUGUACAAGACCAUUCACAAAUACCGACCACGGUUUGUGGCGUUACACUUCCAGGAAGUCGGAGGAAAAGACUACAUGGCCAACAUGGGCUAUGCCGAGAACUUCUUCAGGAGCAUAGAGACAAGUGAAGAAAUGCGUGAUUUUGAUCGGGCCUGUAUCUACAUAGACAACCGCUUUCAAGCCGAGGACAGCUUCACGGCUUUGGGCAGCAUGUAUUUCAUCCACAAGACACUGAAAAACAUCUUACAAUAUGAUUUUAAUGUGAAGGAUUUUAGACCUGUCUCAGGGCAGAACAAGUACAUGGAUGCUCUGGAUUGCGUUGCUACUGUGGAAAAAGAAAAAUUCCCAAAGAAUUUCUGGCCUGACUUUAAAUGGUCCAGAAAGGGCUUCAUGAGGACACGCUGGAUUAUACACAGCCAGGGCUUGGACCUGGUGAACAUCCACCUCUUCCAUGAUGCCUCUAACCUGAUUGCCUGCACCUCAAGUCCCUCUAUUUACUCUGCAAACCGCAAAAACGCCCUCCGAUAUGUCAUUAACAGGAUAUCAGACAAUCAGCACACUCCCAUGCCUUUUUUCCUCUUUGGAGAUUUUAACUUCCGUCUCGAUGCACUCAGUCUCGUGCAGCAUCUGUCCACAUCAGCCGAGGUCCAAACUGUAAAGAAGGACAGCAGUAAUGAAGUCGAGAAGAUCAUUUGUGAAGAGAAAGAUAAUGACCACAAAGUUUUACUUCACAUUGAGGAGAAAUUGUUUACCUAUCUACAUCAAGCAGUUUUCAGAGAGGACAAUGGCCGAGCGCUUUUAAAAUACGACAAAGAGGUUUCAGCAUUUCAUGAUGUUAUAAGGGAAGAAGAUAUCAUGUUUCCACCAAGCUAUCCCUACAGUGAAGACUACACUAAACCAACCCAGUACAUGAACACACGCUGUCCAGCCUGGUGUGAUCGUAUUCUCAUGUCCCACAGUGUCCAGGACCUCCUCCUACACUCACACGAGGACAGUGAGCACAGCUUGGUCUACAACACAGUGGGUCCCAAUGUGUGCAUGGGAGACCACAAGCCUGUUUUCUUGUUCUUUGCACUGAAGACAAACGACCACUGACCCUUCUCCUUCUUAUGAUUUUGAAUACAGGAGCUGUUUAAGAACUGAUUCCAACCAUAACUCAGCAGUAAGAUGCCACACCAAGACCUCUCUUUACUUAACAAGAACAAAACUGAACAUCAUAUUGUCUUUUAAAUAUCUAUCUUUUACUCAGUGGACCAAGAAUGAAAGACUCGAGUCUCCUU